UGCAACCCCGCCCGCCGCUCCCCGACGCGGCUUUCCCCCUUUCCCCCUCUCUUUCCCCUUCCGUUCGUCUCAGGUUCGAAAUAAUUUUUCCUUUCCCUCUCUAAUUUAUAUUCGAAUUCCCAGCUUCCAUCCUUCUCCCCUUCUCUCUCUCUCCGACUCUGUCCUCCCCUUCUCUCCGCGCCCAUGAAAUCCGGCCUGCCGAUCCUCUCCCCUUGCUCAUCCGCCCAAUCUCGUCCCAAGACCCUUGAGGAUGCCGGAGCGGCGGAGGGCCGCAACGCCCUGGAACUAGGCGGCGUCGGCGAUCCCAUUGCCGCCCAACCCCUGCGGCGGCGGCCGCCCCUCGGUAAGGGACAGGGGGUUAGGGUUUCUACCUCCAAGGCCAAGACCGUGCCAAAGGAUGCCGCUUCUUCUUCUUGUUCUCCUUCCUCGUCGUCUUCUUCCGCCUCUCAUCGCUGCCAGUCGCAGCAGAGAGGGGUGCACCUGAGGAGAAGAUUCCGAAGCCCGUGGGCGUCUCAAGGUGCGCGGCGCGGCGACGAGGAGGAUCUCCAAGAUCUUGCACUUCCGCUUGGAAUGUCUUUCGCCGCUGUGGUUGCUAAGGUUUUGGAUGGGAAGACUGCCUCAGGGGAGAGGAUACCAGUAGAUCGACUUUCCAUGAUCUGUACUUUAGCGGUGAAAGAAUCUGUAACAAAUAUAUAUGGGGGCAGGUUCGAAUGUUUCAUCAGAAAUUUCGAAAAAUCAUUUGGCAGCACUUUGAAGACCCUUCGGCUAAUUAAUGAAACAUCCACUAUUGAGCAAGGAAAUACUAGUAGUUCAUUUAUCAAUAGCAGCUGUGAUAGUGCACCUACCUUGGGCAUUCCUGAAUCCCCCAACUCCAUUGAAGAGUUUCAAGAGAAUCCAUCAUUGAAUUCCAUGAAUCAACUUGUUCUUCAUGGGCAUAUAACUCAGCAGCUAGCCCCUGUUUCUUAUGAAGUGGCCAAUCCUGGACUUGAUCAAUCCAUUCAGAAUACAUUUGAGAGAUCUAUUAUGGAGCAGACUCGCUCAAAUGAUCUCAAGGCAGUUGAGUUGAGUCUAAUCAUGAAAAAAUUGCAAAUGAAGCAAUCUCAAUUAGCUCUCAAUUCCUACGCAAAUUUGUUAGAGAAGAUAAAGAUAUCCAUGGGUAUCUCAAAGGCUUCCUUCAAAGAAGAGAAACUAAGGAAUAAGAUCCAGGAUAUGAAGCAUGCAGAAGUCCUCAGAAGGUGCAUAGAUCUUCUUGUCACUGGCUUGAUUAUCAUGUCUGGCUUCCUUUUAUAUGGAGCAUCCAUCUAUUCAUACCAACGCAUCGCGGAGGCAACAUCGGCCUGCACAUCCACCUAUAAAGAGUCUAGAUCUUGGUGGAUCCCAAAGCCAGUGGCAUCUUUCAAUUCAGGCUGGCUUAUGCUGAGAUGUCACUUUGUAACCCUAACCCGUAUGUCAUUUGGCGUAUUGAUGAUUUUGGCAAUUGCUUACUUGCUUUUUCAACGCUCAGUAAUGCCUGGGCCAACUAUGCCCGUGACAUUCAUCCUCCUGCUCUUAGGAGUUGUUUGUGGUUUUGCUGGAAAGUUUUGUGUCGACACGUUAGGAGGGAAUGGCUAUUGCUGGCUUUUGUAUUGGGAGGUUUUCUGUUUGCUUCAUUUCUUUGCCAAUGUGUUCCCGUCGGCUUUUUACCAUAUUCUUUAUGGUCCUGUUUCUGUGUCUCAAGGAGCUAAGGUGGCCAGGCUACCAUACUGGAUCAGGCGAUACACAUUCUACAGUAUCCUGUUACUGAUUCUUCCCACAUUGUCCGGUUUGUUGCCUUUUGCAUCUAUUCAUGACUGGAAGGAUCACUUCUCUGAGAAGAUCAUGCUUUGGAGAUUAGGAAAUGAGUCUGGAGUUUGAACAAUAUUAGAGAUGGAUUUAUGGGUCGGAUGAGAUAUUUUUCCUGUCUAAUUGUUGGCUGCUGCUUCACCUGGGUUUUACAAGCUUUCGGCUAGAUGGUGUUUGUUAGCGGUGAAAGCCUUAGUAUGACGGUCGUUGUUCAGCGCAUAUAUUAUUUAUCAGAAACAAGUUCGAGUUUUUCAUGUAUAUUUCUUUAUGGUAAAUUGAAUUGUUCUUUUGUUGUAAUCUUUAUGUAUCACUCAUGCAGUCAUGCUGGCAUUUUGUAUCUUUAGAAAUUCAGUAGGCUUUUUCAGUAUGACACCUGGAGGUUGGACAAUUGGAGCUUGGAGUCUUUUGACUGCAGAUAUUAUGCAAGCACAUUAUUGAUUUUAUCUCUAGUUGUUGCCAGGAAUAGACACUGCUGAGGCGAAAAGAAUAAAGUCAACCUGUAAUAGAUGGUAUUUAUCAAACUUGCACUUUAUGCUCAUCUUUUAGUAUUUUGAGUACUGCAUUGGAAAUUUGAUUAUGAAAAAAUGAUAUUUGAUAGUUUUGAAUGGAAUUGAGCAUUAUAGUGUGUAGUCAUGCAAUAUGCUAAAAUAGAUGUAUAGUAUGAACUGAUUUCAAAUGAAUUAAUUUAAAAUGUUGUAUGGUCUAAUAGGAUAAAACGAGUAGUUUAGAUUUUUACGUAAACUUUUGUCCAGUUAGUCCUCCUGAACUAAUUCUGUAUUGAUUAUUUUUUAUUUCAUGAUAAACCAUUCUAUAUCAAAAUCAAGGAUCCAAAAACUGGUGUCUGUACCUAUGCUGAUUGUUGCUGGUACUUGUGUCACGAGCAGGGAAAAGGUGUCUUCAGAGUUCAGACCUUUAAUCUCAACACUGGCAGGUGCCAGUCCAACACCCCUCAGUUCGGAACUGUGAAUCAGCGCCAGUGGGUCCUAGAUUGCUGGUUCCAUGGCAGGCCGGCGUGGACUUCUGCUACAUCCUUGGUCAAAGUAUAUCUAAAAUUAAAUUAUAUGAAUUAAUAAUAACAAAAUUCUACUUCAUCUUAAGCAAAUUCAAGCAUGGUUUAAAUUUAAAAAAUUCAAAACUUAAGAUGGAAUCAGUAGUCAUAAACAAUUGUUCCGGACGAGUCAACUUAGAAAGUCAGACCAGUUAUGACAAGUAUUGAACUGGACAUAAAUUAAAGAAGAAAGUUCAUUGUAGGAAACACUUAAAAAUCAUUUAUAUUGAAAUUCAUGUCAUUCAUAUAAAAGAAAUAUAAGAUCUAUGUGAUGGUUGUGGCGGCGGCGGCGGCACUGGUGACGCAAUUAAAAGGGAGCAUGUUUUUUCUUUCAGAACAAGUGAAAGCCAUUUUUUUAAUAGCUUUCACUUUUUCAAAAUCCAAACUCAAGUUUUUUAAAAAUUUAAAAUAAAAACUGCUCUAUCAAGCAGGUUUUUUUGCCUUGGUUUUGUGUUUUUUUAUAUUUUUUUUAAAUGUGGAAAAUCAAAAACUGCAGUGGUACCACACAAGGCCUCAAGAUUCAAGAUUUUAGAAGGUACAAAUAUAGCGAACUAAGUUAUGAUUCUGUAUUUGUAACAUAAAUACUGAGAUAACAUCAAUUCACCAAUCCCGUGGACUCGGCUAAUGCAUUCAUCCACCAAAAAUCAUCUGUCUUUAUGCAUCAGAAAUCUUUGUUUCCAGUUUUGCUAUUAGCAAUGCUGCACAGAGAUGUAACUCCUGAUGUUGUGGGCAUUUCAAUAUGUGAGAGGUGGCUCAAGUUGGGGAACAUAUUUUCUGAACAGUUUCUGAUUUCAAGUUCUUAAUGCAUUUAUAGAUUAUAUGCUGAUGCAUAUGUCACCAUAAUAUAGAUAGGAUAAGGCUUCUGCAUGUUAAGUUUAAUGCUUAUUUGAAGGUUAGGAAAUAAAUCAACAAAUGUUAAGCUGUUAUUAACCAAGGUUUCCUGAACCGGUAUUGGGUGGUACCGGUCGAGACGUAGGUUGGUAUGGUAUGGCGAUUGAUGAGAAACAAGCAGAGGAAUGCAGUGGAAUGGCCUUUCUCCUCUGUUUUAGCUCAUGACAGUCCUGGAGCUGGCAGGAACUGGCCUGAAUCAAGCCAAGCUGAGGUUCAGGCUGGUUCCUAGCUUAUCUUGAAUUGAAACCAGGAAUGGACCUGGUUCUGCACCAGUUUGGUUUGCUAUGCCCUAAAUCAGGCAGUUCGGGAUGCUUCCUCCUUAUUUACAAAUACAGUUUUUAUGUUUCAGGGUGUUGCACAAAAAAUACACAAGGCCCACUUGUUGUCUGUAUUCUUUCAGCAGAUGACAUUACUUGUGAUCAUCUGAUGUAGACCUCCUUAGCAACCUCUAGUGGGACUGGUAACCUACGAGGAUUGUAAUAUUGGAACCUGCAAUUGAUAUAUCAGUUUAUUUUCACAGUACAAUCUCAGAAAUAAAUCAGCAAAUGUUAAACUGUUAUUAACCAAGGUUUCCUGAACUGGUAUCGGGUGGUACUGGUCAAGAAAUUGGUUGGUGUGGUACGCCGAUUGAUGAGAAACGGGAGGAGAAAUGCAGUGGAGUGACCUUUCUCCUCUGUUUUAGCUUGUGACAGUCGUGGAACCGGCAGGAACUGGUCUGAAUCAAGCCAAACUGAGCCUCAGGCCAGUUCCUAGCUUGUCUCAAACUGAAACCAGGAAUAGUCCUGGUUCUGCACCAGUUUGGUUCACUAUGCCCUGAAUCAGGCGAUUUGGGAUGUUUCCUCCUUAUUAACACAUGCAAUUUUUAUGUUUCAGGAUGUUGCACAAAAAAUACACAAGGCCCACUUGUUGUUUGUAUUCUUUCAGCAAAUGACAUUACUGGUGAUCAUCUGAUGUAACCCUCCUUAGCAACCUCUAGCACGACCAGUAACCUACAAGGGUUGUAAUCUUGGAACCUGCAAUGGAUAUAUCAGUUCAUUUUGACUGCACAAUCUCAGAAAAUAUCAAGCUUUUUUACGCCCUUCAUCUCUGCUGGGUUGAUGCUUUUGUGCACAUAUUGAACAUUCGGUGUUCGCAUGGAACUUGAACACAAGUCUGGCGAACAAUUUUUGUUUUUGAUUUAGCAGAAGUGGGAAUGAUCUUUUGGUGGUGGUGGAUGUGGUCUGUUUAAUGGCGGAUGCCAUAAAAGCUGAUGAAUCCUUCAGGUCCUGCAUCUACCAUUGAGCUUUUGCUUCCAGUGGAACAAUGGGGGCGGUCCACCUGCACAGGGCACACUGAGUAAAUUCAGAGCCUAUGCAGGAGCCCAAGCACCAGCGCAUGCAAUAAAGCAACCUAUCAGAGCUUGCCAUUAAUUUAGUUGACGACUGUAUAAUUCAUGUUCUGACCUUUAUUUUCCCUUAUCUUUUUCUUUAUAAACAUUAUCUUCCAUCCCAAAAAUCAUGUCUGAAAGGAACUUUUAGCUUUUA